AUGACAUUUAAAUUUUUAACAAAUCUUAAAGUUUUUUAAGCAAAUGUGAAUAAUCCAUCUCUCUAAAAUAGCAACUAACAAGUGCUAGGUAUUACACAUUAGCCAACUCCCCCAAUAGUUUUUAAAAGAUAUUAAGUUUUUUAUCAUUUAGUUUCCACUUAAAUAAAAUGUCAACCAACUGUAAUUUUCUCAGCUUUUAAAUAAAAAAACAAAGAUCAAGUUUUUGAAAAUUUCUCUUCAUUAACAAAAAAAUUUUGUAAUGAAGCUUUAUUUCAAUAAACAAUCUUUGUUUAGAGGACCUCGCAUCUUCAAAAUGUCUUGUAUGCAAUACUUAUGUCUAUUAUUUUACUUUAAUAGCUGGAAAUCUACCCUAAAAAGUAGACAAAGGCUAAGUAAAAAAAUUAGCAUAUGUAGAGGCAUCUCUUCCCAUAUUUAUAAUAUAUUAAAAUAUAUAAAAAGUAUUUUUUAAAAUAUAGGAAGCCUUUUAAACUGCCAUUCGCCUUGCUUUGA